AUGGCAUUCGAAUUUAUUGACGAAUUUGACGUAUUAGCCAAGUGGCCAAAUGAUCAGCGUAAUUUAUUGGAGUCGAAGAACUGGAAGGAGAGGAUUGAAGGCUUGGAAUCUCUUCAAAAGCUCAUGAAUGAUCAUCCUCGCUUGGCCACUACCGUAUCAUACUCGGAUCUUGUUACUCGGCUCAAGAUGGUGAGGAUUUUAAUUAAUUACUUGUUCGGUUUUAGAUUAAUUUGUUUUUUACUGUUUAGAUUGUGAUCAAAGAUAUGAAUGUAAACGUCGUCGCCAACUCAAUUAAAUUAAUAACAGGACUUGUCAGAGGACUCAGAGAACAUUUUGAUCAUCAUUCAACCGUUCUUGCGCCCAUUUUGUUUGAGAAGUUCAAGGAGCAAAAAGAAGUUGUUAAAGCCCCUCUAAUCGAAUGUACGGAGGCUUUAAUAGAAUAUGUGAGUUUUUUUAAAUCUUCAUAUCUAUUUUUGUUUUUAGUGUAGCAUCGAUCGAUUGCCUAAUGCCAUGGAAGAAGCGUUGAAAAAGCCUCAUCCAGCGGUGAAGCAACAACUUAAUGUGUUAACUUUCAAAAUUUUAACACAUUUCUCACAACAUAAUCGUCCUAUGGCUUUUAUUAAAGCCGUUAUUCCUCGAGUGGUUAAAGUAAGUUUUCGUCGGCAUCGUUGUUCGUUUUUAGGACAACUUUUUACGUCUUUACUACUUGUUUUUACGUAUUCCCCCUUUUCUAAUGUAAUUCUUUUUUAGAAUACCACCGAAGCUGAUAAGAAUGUCCGCGACACUGCGUUUUUGGUUUUAGGAGGUAUUGUAAGACUUAUUGGAGAUAAAGCUACACAAACAUUGGCUGACGGAUCUCAGUGGAAUGACGAAAAAGUGAGUUUUUAACAUUUGUUUAUUGUUUUCCUAGAUAAAAGAAUACUCGGAAAAAGCAAAGGAAGAUGCAGAAAAAUGGGCUGCGGAGCAUGCUGUUGUGGGUGAAAAUGCGGGACCAGCCAUAGUUCAAAAUGGACAGACCUCUGAGAAUGGAACUGAAGAGAAAGCUGCAGAAUCAGCUGAAGAUAUUGAUCCGUGGGAUCUGUUAGAACCAAGGGACAUCAUUAAGGAUCUUCCGAAGGAAUUUGAUGAGUGGCUAGUUUCAAAAAAAUGGCAGGAGAGAAAAGAGGCUUUAGAAGUAAGUUUUGACGUCUAGUGUAAUAUAAGUUUUGUUCUGCAGGCUUUAUGAAUUUUAUGUUUCUUUUCUACGACUAAAACAAUGUAUUUAAGGCGUUAUUAGCGUCAUUGGAGAAGCAUCCGAAGCUUGUUCCUGACCUUGAAAUCUUCCGUGGUCUCAUUGGAGAACUGAAAAGGAUAAUUGAGAAGGAUUCUAAUGUAAUCGUGGUAUCCCUGGCGGUCAAAUCGGUUCAAGGCGUUGUCAAAGGUCUCCGACAUCUCUUCGAACCAGUCUUACCUUCAGUAUUUUUGGCUCUGAUCACUAAAUCCAAGGAGAAAAAGGAGGUCUUUGCUGACGCUUUAAAUAAAUGUCUGGAUGAAAUUGCAAAUUAUGUAAGUUCAAAGCUUGAACUGUUGAGUAUUCAUGUUUUAGAUCCAUCUCCAUCACUUCUCAGAACAUCUUUUAACCGCUUUAUCCAAUCAGAAUCCCCAUACCCGGAGGCAAUUUCUACUUUUUAUUGGUCGCAUCUUCAACAAAUUAAAUCAGAAGACAGCUCCGAGAGAUCAGAUCAAGAUCCUGGCUCCGCGAUUAAGCGAACUCACCUCAGAUGCCACUCCAGAUGUAAGAGAUGGCGCCUACACGGCCAUCGGAGCAAUUGCCAGAUGUAUCGGAGAUCAGGGAGCCGAGAUUUUAUUCAAGGAUUUAAUGGCUGAUUCGAUAAAGAAGCCCAAAAUUGAAGAGAAGAAGAAGCAAUUUGAUGAAGAAUUCGGCCCGAAUGUGGCCCCAGAAAUGGCCAAGAUCUAUGCGGCCACAGCUGGCCCUCCAUUAUCAGCCAAACCAACAGCGAAGCCAGCUUCGGCAGUCCGAACCCAGCCAAGGCCGGUCCGAUCCGCACCUCCGGCAAGACCAGCGCCCUCUCCGAAGCCGGCUCCAGUCAGAGUUAAAGUGAGAACCAUUUUUAUUUGACAGACCAACUAAGAAUUUAUUUUGCUUUUAUGCAAGUAUAAUAUAAUGUUUUAGCCGGCAUCAGCCUCGAUCCAAUCAGCGGCCAAGCGUCCGAUCCUCCCACCUCGACCACUCUCCAACACUCGGCCGGCAGGCCCCCGACCUAACGUAGUUACCUCCCCGAAACCCACUCCAAAUGUGAUUAAAGCCCAGCCGAAUGGAUCAGCCCCAGUCCCGAAUAGAAGACAGUCCGCCCCGAUCAGACCGAACGUUGUUAGGGCCCCACAAAUGGGCACUGGAGUACCUUACCGACCACCGAUGGGCGUAAGCAAGAUUAAUAAUGGAAGGACAACUCCAGUAAUACAACCUCCCAACAAAUCUUCGUCUCUUAUGGCUAUUGCAAGGUCCAAAGUAAGGUGGUUAUGAUAUGAUUUGGAGAGGUUGCUGGUUGAACUUUCUUAUGUAUUAUUUAGACCCCAGCGAGCACUGACGCCCGUCCAUCCAGCAAUUUCUACGCUCAGCGUUCCAUGUCCAACAUCCAACAGCCCAGAUCCCUUACCUCGGGAAUCAUUCGACCUCGAACUGGAGGUCUCUCAGACGCUCCUUCUGUGUCCAAUCCAGGCUCCAGACAGUCCAGCCAAACCAGAAUAGACCUGAAUGGUGCCAAACCUAGUCGUCUUCGACCUCCCUCUAAUGCCUCCAGAAUUCCAUAA